AUGUUGUGGAGAGACCACCAGUGCCCCUUCCCUCCCACCCCCAUCUCAUCUCUCCCAUCUCUUUCAGGCUUCUGCCGUUCCCCGCCGGUGAUGAUCGCUGGAGGCCGAGUGUUCGUCCUGCCCUGCAUCCAACAGAUCGAGAGGAUUUCCCUGAGCACCCUGACGCUGAACGUGAAGAGUGAGAAGGUGUACACCCGCCAUGGCGUUCCGAUUUCAGUCACAGGAAUCGCACAGGUGAAGAUCCAGGGGCAGAAUAAGGAGAUGCUGGCUGCCGCCUGCCAGAUGUUCCUGGGGAUGUCCGAGUCUGAGAUCUCACAGAUCGCCCUGGAGACACUGGAGGGCCACCAGAGGGCCAUCAUGGCUCACAUGACCGUGGAGGAGAUCUACAAAGACCGUAAGAAGUUUUCGGAGCAGGUGUUCAAAGUGGCUUCCUCUGACCUGGUCAACAUGGGCAUUGGCGUGGUCAGCUACACACUGAAGGACAUCCAUGAUGACCAGGGUUACCUGCACUCGUUGGGAAAAUCCCGCACGGCACAGGUGCAGCGGGACGCCCGGAUCGGAGAGGCCGAGGCCAAACGGGAUUCCGGCAUCAAGGAGGCAAGAGCUCAGCAGCAGAAGGUCUCGGCACAGUACGUGAACGAGAUUGAGGUGGCCAAGGCCCAACGCGACUUUGAGGUGAAGAAAGCCACCUACGACACGGAGGUGAACACCAGGAAGGCUCAGUCCGACCUGGCCUACCAGCUGCAGGUGGCCAAGACCAAGCAGCAGAUCGAGGAGGAGAAGAUGCAAGUGCAGGUGGUGGAGCGGGCCCAGCAGAUCCUACUGCAGGAACAAGAGAUCCUCCGUCGCGAGAAGGAGCUGGAGGCCCAGGUGAAGAAGCCGGCGGAGGCCGAGAGAUUCCGCCUGGAGAAGCUGGCCGAGGCUGGGAGGUUGAAGCUGAUCAUGGAGGCGGAAGCGGAUGCUGAGUCCAUACGAGUGAAGGGUGAGGCCGAAGCUUUCGCCAUUCAAGCCAAGGCCAUCGCUGAGGCCGAGCAGAUGAUCAAGAAGGCGGAGGCUUUCAAGGAGUACAAGGAUGCUGCCAUGGUGGACAUGAUCCUGGCCAAGCUGCCUGAGGUGGCCGCGGAGAUUAGCCAGCCCUUCUCCAAGGUGAAGAAGAUCACCAUGGUGAGCAGCGGGACUGGCGAGGUGGGAGCCGCCAAGAUGAGCGGUGAGAUCCUCGACAUCAUGACCAGGCUGCCCGAGACCAUUGAGAGACUGACUGGAGUUAACAUCUCGCAGGGAUCCAUGAGACCGGGCCGGAUGUCGUAAGAUGGAGACGGCGGCGAGGAUGGAACUAGCGGGAACGUGAGCGCAGCGGCUGUGCGUGCGAUUACCAGCGGCUCCCAUCCACGCGUAUAAACCCCCUUGUGCCACUGUUUAGUCUGCAUGUCUUCCCAUGUGGCACUGUAACCCUGUAAUCACUUAGUCAACACUUUGAAGGAAAGAAACCUAGCUGUAGAGUAGUCCCACUUAAGAUAUAGGAAUUAGAGUCGACCUUUCCAGCUAACUCCAUUUGAGCCGAACUCACCCCUUGAAAUCCUGUUCCAACUCCAGUUCAUUUUAUUGUCACGUGUACCGAGGUACAGCGACUGCAAGUAUCCCAGUCACCCUCUUGACUCCAAAACUCUGCCUCCACCGGAGGUUUGCGUAAUCAUUCAGCCUCGCAGGGUAGAGAAUGCCAAUGAGAAUCGAGAAGAAGCAUGCUGGAAAUCGGAAAUAACGAGACUAACAGGCCAGUCAGCAUCUGUAGAGAAUCAAGAUUGAAAGAUCAGGGAAACAUUUAACUUGUUUUUCUAUUUUCCCGUUC